ACUUCCGGACGGGGGGAGCGGGCUUCCGGCGACGCCGCGAAUGGCCUCUUUCAGGGCCGCGUUCGGGGCCUCGCUCGCGGCUGCCCGAACCCGGCCACGGUGUGUCGGCCUCGCGCUUCCGUCGUCGGCGCCCCGGUCCGCCUGGGCUGCAGCCAUGGAGCCCACGCCGCGUUGGCUGGCCGGGCUGCGCUUUGACAACCGCGCCCUGCGUGCGCUGCCGGUAGAGACGCCGCCGCCCGGGCCGGAGGACUCCCUGUCCACCCCGCGGCCGGUGCCCGGAGCCUGCUUCAGCCGCGCACGUCCGGCCCCGCUGCGGCGGCCGCGCCUAGUGGCGCUGUCGGAGCCCGCACUGGCGUUGCUGGGGCUCGAGACCAGCGAGGAGGCCGAGGUCGAGGCCGAAGCUGCGCUCUUCUUCAGCGGCAAUGCGCUGCUGCCGGGCACCGAGCCCGCCGCGCACUGCUACUGUGGACACCAGUUCGGCCAGUUCGCUGGGCAGUUGGGCGACGGCGCCGCCAUGUACCUGGGCGAGGUGUGCACAGCGGCCGGCGAGCGCUGGGAGCUGCAGCUCAAAGGCGCUGGCCCCACGCCCUUCUCCAGACAAGCUGAUGGUCGCAAAGUCCUGCGGUCAAGCAUCCGUGAGUUCCUGUGCAGUGAAGCCAUGUUUCACCUGGGGAUCCCCACCACGAGGGCCGGGGCCUGCGUCACGUCAGACUCUACAGUGAUGCGAGACGUGUUCUAUGAUGGUAAUCCAAAAUAUGAAAAGUGCACGGUUGUGUUGCGUAUAGCUCCCACUUUCAUAAGAUUCGGCUCCUUUGAAAUUUUUAAGCCUCCUGAUGAGCACACAGGGCGUGCCGGCCCAAGCGUGGGACGGAAUGAUAUCCGAGUCCAGAUGCUGGACUAUGUGAUCAGCUCUUUCUUCCCUGAAAUCCAGGCUGCCCAUGCCUGCGACACUGACAACAUACAGAGGAACGCUGCCUUUUUCAGAGAGGUGACAAAGCGGACGGCACGGAUGGUGGCCGAGUGGCAGUGUGCUGGCUUCUGCCAUGGCGUGCUCAACACUGACAACAUGAGCAUCGUGGGGCUCACCAUCGACUAUGGACCCUUUGGCUUCCUGGACAGGUAUGACCCUGACCAUGUAUGUAAUGCCUCUGACAAUGCUGGGCGCUACACAUACAGUAAACAGCCGCAGGUAUGCAAGUGGAAUCUGCAGAAACUAGCUGAAGCACUGGAGCCUGAGCUACCCCUUGCGCUGGGUGAGGCCAUUCUAAAAGAGGAGUUUGACACUGAGUUCCAAAGGCACUAUCUACAGAAGAUGCGUAAGAAGCUGGGCCUUAUUCGGGUGGAAAAGGAAGAAGAUGGGACACUUGUGGCUAAACUUCUAGAAACCAUGCAUCUGACUGGUGCUGACUUCACUAACACCUUCUGUGUUCUGAGCUCCUUCCCGGCUGAACUGUCAGACUCAGCAGAGUUACUAACCAGGCUGACUUCCCAAUGUGCCUCUCUGGAAGAGCUAAAGCUCGCCUUCAGACCCCAGAUGGAUCCCCGGCAGCUCUCUAUGAUGUUGAUGCUUGCACAGUCGAACCCACAGCUCUUUGCACUCAUUGGCACUCAAGCAAAUGUCACAAAGGAGCUAGAACGUGUGGAGCAUCAGUCACGGCUAGAACAGCUGAGUCCCUCUGAACUACAGAGCAAGAACAGAAACCACUGGGAAACCUGGCUACAGGAAUACAGAGACCGUCUGGACAAGGAGAAGGAGAGUGUCGGAGACACCGCAGCCUGGCAGGCAGAACGUGUACGCGUCAUGCAUGCCAACAACCCCAAGUACGUCCUGAGGAAUUAUAUUGCACAGAAUGCCAUUGAAGCUGCUGAAAAUGGAGACUUUUCAGAGGUGCGGCGUGUCCUGAAGCUGCUAGAGUCUCCUUACCACAGUGAAGAGGAGGCCACAGGCCCUGAAGCAGUGGCAGGGGCUACUGAGGAGCAAUCUCCCUACAGUAGCAGGCCACCACUCUGGGCAGCAGAACUCUGUGUAACAUGAUCCUCAUAAAGGCCUCGGUGUCCUCCACAGGUCAGGAGUCUCCCGAGGCCUCCCUAGUGCUGCUGAGUUACUGAGACCACUGGGAUGCCUGUCCUUAGUCUCUCCAUGAUGGCAGAGGUCUCCAGUCAAAACUGACCCAUCUCUGUCUGAUAUGACCUUAGCAGUACUGCCUUGGCCUAGCAUUCAGUGUGCCCCCAGCACACAGUGCUUCAUGCUAGGAUAUCAGUCUCAUGUUUGUAAAUAAUACAAGCAGGCCUAAGUAAGCCUUGUAACCCGUUUGUGCAUCUUGCCCCAAAGGGUGGGGGCGGGGUGGGCUUCACACCUGAUGAAUCUCCCAGGCCUCUAAAUAAAGCAGCUUCUUCA